AUGAGCGAUCAAAGGUCUUCACAAGAAGAUAAGCACAAACCCAGCCGAACGUCCUCAAAGUUCAAGGAAUCUUCAAAAAGUAUGCAGUCCGAUGACUACUUUGCUAGAAAAUUUAAAGCUUUAAAUGGUAACGUGGGUCCUCCUGCUUCUUUAAAUACAUCUAGCAAAAAUGAAAGUAAUCAAACUAAUGGUACACCAGCUAUGCCUAAAAUGGGUGUCCGAGCGAGGGUAUCUGAAUGGCCUCCUAAAAAGGAUUGCUCUAAGGAACUAAGUAAAGCAGUAUGGGAAAGUAGACCUCAAACCAGUUAUGAGAGUGUUGGAUCAGUAAUUCCAAAUGGACAAAAUGACCAAAGUGAUGGGCAACAAGAACAGCAGUUGGAUUUGGAAUUUGAAGAGACCAAAUAUACAAUAGGAGAUCUCUUUGUCCAUUCGCCCCAGAGGGGACUUCAUCCCAUAAGACAAAGAAGCAACAGUGAUGUCACCAUUAGUGACAUUGAUGCUGAAGAUGUGUUGGACCAGAAUGCUGUUAACCCAAAUACGGGAGCAGCUCUUCAUAGAGAAUAUGGAAGUACUUCUUCAAUUGACAGACAAGGUUUAUCUGGUGAGAAUUUUUUUGCAAUGCUCAGAGGAUAUCGAGUGGAAAACUUUGAACAUAAAACUCUUGCUCCAUUUGGAUUUCCCGAGUUUUUCCGCUGUGACCCUACAAUUUCUCCAAGUCUUCAUGCUGCCACACAGAUUUCCAGGGGAGAAUUUGUCAGGAUUUCUGGAUUGGAUUAUAUGGAUAGUGCCCUGCUUAUUGGUAGAGACAGGGACAAAUCUUUCAAAUGGAGACUAAAAUCAGAAGCAGUAGAAACAUCUCUGUUUAGAAAACUGAGAACUGUUAAAAGUGAGCAUGAAACUUUCAAAUUUUCCUCAGAACUGGAUGAUGGUAGAUUUGAGAGAAACAUUCGUCCUUGGAACUGUCAAAAAUGUUUUGCACAUUAUGAUGUUCAGAGCAUUUUAUUUAACAUAAAUGAAGCAAUGGCUACCAGGGUUAAUGUGGGAAAAAGAAAAAAUAUAACCACUGGGGCUUCAGCCGCAUCGCAAACUCAAAUGACAGCAGGCCAGACUGGAAACUGUGAAUCUCCUUUGGGAAGUAAAGAGGACCUCAAUUCAAAAGAAAACCUAGAUGCUGAUGAGGGUGAUGGGAAAAGCAAUGACCUAAUCCUGAGUUGCCCUUACUUCAGGAAUGAAACUGGUGGAGAAGGAGAUAGGAGGAUUGCACUUUCCAGGGCAAACUCUGCAUCUUUUGCUUCAGGUGAAAGUUGUUCCUUUGAAUCCUCUCUAAGUUCCCACUGCACGAAUGCUGGUGUUUCUGUACUGGAGGUGCCAAGAGAGAAUCAGUCAAUUCACCGGGAGAAAGUUAAGCGUUAUAUUAUAGAACACAUUGAUCUUGGAGCAUAUUAUUACCGAAAGUUCUUCUAUGGAAAAGAGCAUCAGAACUACUUUGGAAUUGAUGAAAAUCUAGGUCCUGUUGCAGUCAGCAUCAGGAGAGAGAAGGUUGAAGAUGCUAAGGAGAGAGAAGGAUCUCAAUUCAACUAUCGUAUAGCUUUCAGGACAAGUGAGCUUACUACAUUGAGAGGAGCAAUAUUAGAAGAUGCCAUACCAUCUACUGCGAGACAUGGCACAGCACGAGGCCUGCCUCUCAAAGAGGUACUGGAAUAUGUAAUACCAGAGCUGAGCAUUCAGUGCCUGAGGCAGGCUUCCAGCUCACCCAAAGUCUCUGAACAGCUGCUUAAACUGGAUGAACAAGGGCUGAGUUUUCAGCACAAGAUUGGGGUCCUUUAUUGCAAAGCGGGCCAAAGCACAGAGGAAGAGAUGUAUAACAAUGAGACAGCAGGGCCGGCUUUUGAAGAGUUCCUUGAUCUUCUGGGCCAGAGAGUACGGCUAAAAGGGUUUAGUAAAUACAGAGCUCAGCUAGACAAUAAAACUGAUUCAACAGGAACUCAUUCCCUCUAUACCACCUAUAAAGAUUAUGAAUUAAUGUUUCAUGUAUCAACUAUGCUGCCAUACAUGCCCAGUAAUAGGCAACAGCUUCUAAGGAAAAGGCACAUAGGAAAUGAUAUUGUUACCAUUGUCUUCCAAGAACCUGGAGCACUUCCUUUUACUCCAAAAAAUAUCCGAUCUCAUUUUCAACAUGUGUUUGUCAUAGUCAAAGUGCAUAAUCCUUGCACUGAAAAUGUGUGCUAUAGUGUUGGAGUUUCAAGAUCAAAAGAUGUACCUCCGUUUGGUCCACCAAUCCCCAAAGGAGUAACUUUCCCAAAAUCUGCAGUCUUCAGGGACUUCCUUUUAGCCAAAGUUAUUAAUGCUGAAAAUGCAGCACACAAGUCAGAAAAAUUCCGAGCCAUGGCCACCAGGACACGACAAGAAUACUUGAAAGAUCUGGCAGAAAAUUUUGUUACUACAGCUACAGUGGAUACUUCAGUGAAGUUCAGUUUUAUUACUCUAGGUGCAAAGAAAAAGGAGAAAGUGAAACCAAGAAAGGAUGCUCAUUUAUUUAGUGUUGGAGCAAUUAUGUGGAAUGUGAUAGCACGGGACUUUGGCCAGUCUGCAGAUAUUGAAUGUCUCCUUGGAAUUUCCAAUGAAUUUAUCAUGUUGAUUGAAAAGGAGUCCAAAAAUGUUGUGUUUAACUGCUCCUGCAGAGAUGUUAUUGGAUGGACAUCAGGAUUAAUGAGUAUCAAAAUCUUUUAUGAAAGAGGAGAAUGCAUUCUUCUGUCUGCAAUUGAUAAUUGUUCUGAUGACAUCAGAGAAGUUGUUCAAAGACUAGAGAUAGUCACCAGAGGAUGUGAAACAACGGAAAUGACCCUACGGAGGAAUGGGUUGGGCCAGCUUGGAUUCCACGUUAACUUCGAAGGAAUAGUAGCAGAUGUGGAGCCAUUUGGUUUUGCAUGGAAGGCAGGCCUAAGGCAAGGGAGCCGUCUAGUUGAGAUCUGUAAAGUGGCUGUGGCAACCUUGACUCAUGAACAAAUGAUUGACCUUUUACGCACAUCGGUGACAGUAAAGGUGGUGAUUAUUCAGCCACAUGAGGAUGGAUCACCUAGAAGGGGUUGUUCAGAACUAUGCCGAAUCCCCAUGGUGGAAUAUAAACUCGACAGCGAAGGCACCCCAUGUGAGUAUAAAACUCCUUUCAGAAGGAAUACUACUUGGCAUCGGGUGCCGACUCCUGCUGGGCAGCCUCUUUCUCGUGCAUCUCCAAUCCUAGGAACAUCUGACAGACUGCAAUGCCAGCAGCUUCUUCAGCAGGCUCAGACAGCCAUUCCUCGCAGCACUUCCUUUGAUAGAAAGCUGCCAGAUGGUGCAAGAAGUUCACCGAGCAACCAGUCCUCCUCCAGUGACCCAGGACCCAGCGGGAGUAGCCAGUGGAGACAGCAAGUGGGAUAUGACGGGUGCCAAUCCCCUUUACUUCAUGAACACCAAGGUUCAGGUCCACUGGAGUGUGAAGGAGGCAGAGAACGAGAGGAAACUUUGGAAGGAACCAGAUAUGCUGAAACGAAGUGGCAUGCACCAUCCACCAAAGUCUUGAGUUCCUACAAAGACCGGGCUUUACCAAAAGAAGGUAAUGGCAAGGAUUCGCCAAGCAAACUUUCUCAUAUUGGAGACAAAAACUGUUCCAGUCACUCCAGCAGCAAUACCCUGUCCAGUAAUACAUCGAGCAAUAGUGAUGAAAAGCACUUUGGCUCCGGAGACCUGAUGGACCCUGAAUUGCUUGGAUUAACAUAUAUUAAAGGGGCUUCUACCGACAGUGGAAUUGAUACAGCUCCUUGUAUGCCUGCUCCUCUUAUGGCCCCUUUACACCUUGCUGGCAGCAGGUCUGGGGUACAUAGUCGGGCUGAGCAGUGGACUGAAUCUUCUGAAACUCCUGGGCAAGAUGAUGAACAAGCUAAAAUUUAUGCUGUACAUAGCUAUGCUUCUGCCAUUUCUAGCAGUCAUACAGCUGAAGGUAGCAUGGGAGACCUCAGUGAAAUAUCCUCUCAUUCUAGUGGGUCUCACCAUUCAGGAAGCCCAUCAGCACAUUGUUCUAAAAACAGUGGCUCUCUAGAUACCUCCAAAGUCUACAUAGUGUCACAGAAUAGUGGUCAACAGAUCUCUGGGUCUGUAUCAAAAUCACACCACAGACAAGGAGCAGUGAGCAAAUACGUCAUUGGUUGGAAAAAGUCAGAAGGCAGCCCUACACCUGAAGAAUCUGAAGAACUGUAUGGUGAGGAUGAUACUAUGUCUGCAUCAAGUCAGCUUCAGACUUCUGUGAGGAGUGCAGUUACUGAAAGCCAGCAAGUCUUGUCCAAAGAAGAUUUUCUGAAGCUGAUGCUGCCAGAUAGUCUCACUAUGGAGGAGGGUAGAAGAAAGUUUUCAUUUUAUGGAAACCUAUCUCCAAGGAGGACGCUUUAUCGCACCCUUUCUGAUGAGAGCAUAUGUAGUAAUCGGAGAGGAUCUUCAUAUGCUAGCUCACGGAGUUCAAUGCUUGAUCAAGCCUUGCCAAACGAUAUUUUGUUCAGCACCACCCCACCAUAUCACAGCACUCUGCCUCCCAGAAUGAGUCUGGCUCUUGGAAUGGGAAAUCUAAGAAAUGAAUUCUGGUUCUCAGAUGGCUCCCUAUCUGAUAGAGCCAAAUUCAACGAUCCUGGCCUGAUGCCCCUUCCAGACACUGCCGCAGAACUAGACUGGUCCAACCUGGUGGAUGCUGCACGAGCGUUUGAAGGUUUUGACUCUGAUGAAGAUCUUGGGCCGGUCUGUCAUCAUACAUCGUUUCUAGAUCAGAGAGUGGCAUCUUUUUGCACCCUGAAUGAUAUGCAGCAAGCUCCAGGUUUGGAGGGUACUCAAGAGUUACCUUUGGAUGAAGAGCCAACAAAUGGAAAAGAUUUCAUUGAUGCUACUGGGGAGCACACUCCAUCUACUCUGACUGGAAAAGUAAACCAGCUGGAAGUGAUCCUCCGGCAACUACAAACUGACCUCCGGAAGGAAAAACAAGACAAAGCUGUUCUCCAAGCUGAGGUCCAGCAUUUGAGACAAGAUAACAUGAGACUUCAGGAGGAGUCUCAAACAGCAGCCGCUCAACUAAGAAAAUUCACAGAAUGGUUUUUCAAUACCAUAGACAAGAAAUCCUAA